CAAGAAUGGCCCAACAUAUUUUAGAGUGUGACACUAAAAAUUGUGAGGGAAAUUGUGAAUUUUAUUGCAAUCCUUGUCAUCAAAAAUUUUGUGAACAGUGCAGAGAUGAGCAUCUGAAAAGUCCAGAAAACAAGAACCAUGGGGUGGUCCUUUACCAACAGCGCAAACGGCAACUUCCUGUGGAGAAAUGCAAAAUCCACCCCACUAAAGAAUUGGACAUGUUCUGUGAUGAAUGUGAUGAAUGUCAAACUCCAGUAUGUUCAAAAUGUGCAUCAGAAGUAGAACAUCGGGGACAUAUAUUUACCGACUCAGAAUCAAAUUAUACUCAAAUCUGUCGAGAUGAAGAUUUCCAUGUCUACGAUUCCCUUUACGAAUAUAUGCCAUCAGAAUAUCAGACGAUCAAUGUCCAGGAAGAUGUUGCAAAAUGUGCAAUGGCUCGAGAAGAAGCACUAGAACCCAAUAACUUUAAUAGUUUUGUGCUGAGACCAGCGCCUCAAGGUCAUGUAAUGGAGUGUAAGAUCAUACGAGACAAGAAAGCUAAUGGUAGAUCUUCUCCAACAUACUUUCUUCUUUUGGAAAAAGCUGAUGGCAAAGAGGUGUUUUUACUGGCUGGUAGGAAGAGGAAGAAGAGUAAAACCUCAAACUACCUGAUCUCCACCGACCCUACAGAUCUGUCAAGGGGAGGCAAGGCCUACGUAGGAAAACUCAGGACCAACUUAUUAGGAACACAGUUCACUUUGUUUGACAAUGGUGACAGCCCGAAAAGCAAUUAUGGAAACGCGAGAAAAGAAUUAGUUGGAAUUAUUUACGAAACAAGUGUCUUAGCUUUUAUGGGACCCAGAAGAAUGACCAUUAUUAUUCCAGGAAUGAAUUCAGAUCACAAACGAGUAGACAUCAAGCCAGGAUCUGAUUCUGAUGGCUUGAUUAACAGAUACAAACGGAAAAAUAUGCAGAAUAUAGUGGAACUCCAUAACAGGACCCCUGUCUGGAACAAUGAGAUUCAAUCACACGUGCUAAAUUUCCAUGGACGAGUCACCAAGGGUUCUGUGAAGAAUUUCCGAAUUGUGCAUGACAAUGACGUUAAAUACAUUGUGAUGCAAUUUGGUCGAGUGGCGAAAGACGUGUUUACCAUGGAUUUUAAUUACCCUCUCUGUGCUGUUCAAGCUUUUGGAAUAGCACUGAGUAGUUUUGACAGUAAACUAGCCUGAGAAUAAAUCCUACCCCACAUAUCCACACCACCCACCAAAGUUAGAAUGUGUCUUAGUUAUGAAAUUGCACUUUUUAGGUCACCUAAGUCACUCAGGUGACCUAUUGCUAUCUGUUUUCGUCCGUUGUCGUCCCCGUCGUGCAUUGUGUGAUAACAUUUGAACAUUUUCAGCUUCUUCUCUAAAACCGCUGAACCAAUUUCUACCAGAUUUGGUAUACAGCAUCUAUGGAUGAAGGGAAACAUAAAUUGUAAAUUUUUAUUGCCCCUGCUCCGUGGGGUCUG